AGCAAAGGAAAUAGAGCUAAGCCCAACAAAAUUCACCCCGGUUUUGAAUUGUGACUUUUCCAUCAUUCUCCGAUAACAAAAAGUUUAUCGAUUCACCGUAUUAUUUCCUCCCUACUCGGCAUACGAUUAAGUGCAGGACACCCACCUACCGCCGCUAAGUUCAGGGUAAGAACCCGUUACUCAUAUGUGCAUUUAAGUCACUGUCUAUGGCGUCCACUUCUGUCAAUCCCAUCUCUCUGUGCUCUCACCCCAAGGUUUUUCUCGGGUCCCACCGCCAUAGACGCCAGCUGCAGUUUGAGCCGUUGGGCAGCGCUGCCAUCUGCCGCGUUUCGCUGUUUCCUAAUACGGUGCCAUUUGCCACCAGCAGGAGAUGUUUGGGACUCGGAGGCUUUAUGAUAACGGCGGCUUACCCCGCCGGGGAGGGUCCUAGGCGCGGAGCCGGCGGGCGCAGGGUUUACGCGGAGUCUCAGCGCGAGACUGCUUUGUCCAAAACUCCCGUCAAUCAGAUUACAUCGUUUGUUGUGCCGGCCGGCUCUUUUAUCGCCGUUACUUUUGGUAUGCCUUUUUCUACUCAUUGAAGUUGGGGUCCAGUU